CACCGUCUGACUCGUUACAUAUUUUGGGGUCUUUGCGCUAUGAAACGUGGUCCUCAAGGAUAACCAGGACUUCCCUCCCGUUGCGGGCGGAUGCCGGCGCAUCGAGGAUUGUGCGACCAUGUAUCUUGUACCACCAUCCAGACUUGAACUUCUGACGUUCUGCGUUUGUCGUCCCUACACUUUGCGUUUGCACGGAACGCUACCUAAGUGCUUGCUGCCCCGCAGUGCAACCGAUGAUUUUCACUUGGAUUUGGUGCUGACCCUUAAACAACUGCAGGUGUCGAGGAUAUCAGUAAAUGGUUGAGGCCGACAGCAGAACACUGUGAUAGUACAAAAGCAUGCCUAUAGCACUCAAGUAACAGUCCGCGGUCGUCUUGCCCAUCUCAUUGAGAGCGGUGACUGACACGCGUAUCUCACCGUGGAAGGUGUGAUGGAAGCUCGGGAUGAUUAUAGCGGAUCCUAGUGGCCGAUGCCAGUCUCAAACUUGCUUGGUUUAUCGCGUGGAAGCGGAAAUGGCAUUUCCUGGGUUCUGCGACACUGGGCCGGAGGGUGGGUGGGUCAGCCAUCGAUUGAUCAAGAUCUUUUGCUGCCCCCGAGACGACAGUAUUGUUGAGAAGCGACGAAGCGUCGUUGUAGGAGACAUGUCAAACGGAGAGCUGGAUGCGAUAGGUGCCGUGUCGCAUGUGGGGGUUACAGCAACUACCCGUUCAGAUAUCAUCAUCCUCAAUAGUAGGUUGGCUGUAAUGCAGGGCCGAAAAGGCGUACCUUUCAUAUGCGAUUUGGCUGUGGACGGUGUUGGGCAUGACACCAUGUCAUUACACUGCCCUGGUCAGCUUUCAACCACCAUUCGUCUUCACUGGGAUGAGCUAGUUGGUUGCCUCUAUCAUAGUGAAAUUAACUGACGGCGUAGACGGAUGAGUACCGGCCCUGCCGCGUCCGUGUUACGAGGACAGACCAUCCAAUGCCACUUGAAACCACCAC